AUGCGGAGAUGCUGCACUGGAGGGGGCUAUCGUGGAUGACGUUAGGCAUCUUGUACAGAAGCGCAAAUGGUACAGGUGGAGGGAGUGGCGUAAAGCCAUGGACUACAUUGGUGUACUGCCAGGAACACCCUUCAAGCCGGAGCCAGGUGCGGAGUCGCCUCCAACGAAAGCAGAGGCAGCUGAUAGCGAUACUCGAGAUGCUGAAGAAGAUGAGGAUCUGGUGAGCGAGGAUGACAAUGGGGGAGAAGACAGUGAGGGGGGGAUUGCGUGCACGCAGGCCCAGGGGUAG